AAAUAAGAAGUAAAUAAGUUUGUGUAUAUAUUAUUUAAAUGCUUGAUAUGGCUCAAAAAGUAGUGUAUUGAUUUAUGAUACAUUUAUCGUUUUACUUAGGGCGCUGGUUUUCAUUUGAAAUUGCCUGAGGAAAUUGCACUCAGAUGCUCAGAAGAAAAAAGAUUAGUCUCUGUGGUCUAUGGUUUUUGUUUUGAAUUCAAAUGUGAUUCAAACUGGUGAAGAUACAAAUGUUUUCAAUUUUCAAACGAUUUAACUUACAUUGUUUUCAGUUCUUCGAUUUACACGACAAUUUUAUUGUAUGUAGCGAAUUGUUAUUUUUGAUAAUAUUAUUGAGUGAUUGAAAUCUUGUAAGAUAUUUUUUUUAUCAUGGAAUGUGAUACAUUCACUUGCCUGGAUCCGUGUUUAGAAAAACAUUUAAAGGGUCACCGUAAUACUAUCACAGCUUUAUUUUAUAGUCCUAAUGAACAAAAAAUAGCGAGUAGUUCAACAGACAACAGCGUUUUACUAUGGGAUCUGUCUGGUAAAAGUGGCCGAAGUUAUCGUUUCCUAGGACAUGAUGAAGCGGUGACGGAUGUAACAUUUUCUCCAUCUGGAAAGUAUAUGGCCUCAGCAUCUCGUGAUAAAACUGUAAGGCUUUGGGUGCCUACAGUAACUGGGAGUACAGGAAUGUUUAAGGCACACUCGCAAACUGUUCGCUCAGUUCAAUAUAGUCCUGAUGGUAGUAAGAUAAUAACAGCAUCAGAUGAUAAAAUAAUAAAGCUCUGGUCCAGUGACAAGUACAAAUUCCUAGCAUCACUUGUUGGUCAUACUAACUGGGUGAGACGAGCUAUUAUGUCUCAAGAUGGAUCUAUCAUUGCUUCAUGUUCAGAUGAUAAAACGACAAAACUUUGGAAUCCUGAGACUGGAGAAUGUAUUCAUACUUAUAAGGACCAAAAAGGCCAUGGGAUGUAUUUAGCGUGGCAUCCUUCUAGUUGCUAUGUCACAGUUGGCACCACACAAGGCAAUAUUAAACUUUAUGAUGUAAGAACACAUACUCUAGUGCAAUAUUAUAGCAUUCACAGUGAUUCAGUCAAUCAACUUUGUUUUCAUCCUAGUGGCAGUUAUAUUUUAACUGCAAGCAAAGAUGGAACAAUGAAGAUAUUAGAUCUCCUGGAGGGACAUCCACUGUUUACUUUAAGUGGACACACCGGUUCAGUUAAUGCUGUUAAUUUUUCACCAAGUGGCAAUGGAUUUGCAUCAGCAGGAGAGGAUAAGCUAGGAGCGAAGAUAUGGUAUCAAUGCUAUCACAGCAAUAAGUACCCUGUUACUACUUUUUCACAUUUGGAUGAUUUUAAUGACACUAUGGAAACAGUGGUUAGUGAUAUACACGGACCUAAUGCUCACAGUACUUUGGUAGAAAAUCCUAGUCAAGCAGAAUUAUUGAAUUCUCAAGAUAACACUGGAAGACAGGAUACAGGAUCUCAAAUAAAGGAAUCAAAUGAAUGUUCAAACAAUGUAGGACAUGCCAGCCACAUCCCACGAUUACCACCUACUAGAACCACUUAUACGAUUCCAUCAAUUGUAAAUAAGUCAGCUGAUGCAAUUAAUGAAAAUAGCAUUUUUGGUAUGAUUAAAUUAGGUGACAAUGAUGUUUGCUACACAAGUGGUACGAUAGAGUGGGUGGGAAGAAAAAGAAGCUUUCCAAUUAACAGUGGCUUUAAAGUACUUAAUGAACACAAUAUAAAAAAUACUGAGCCUUCAUUGAAAAGAGUUAAGAAGCUCAACAGAACAUACACUUGUGGGACAGACGAGUUCAAAGAAUGUGACUGUGGAGAUGUACUACCAACUGUAAAUGCAAUUGUUGAUCAUUUAAAUGCACUUCAUGAGGCAGUGGAUCUUGUUGAUUUGAGAUUAAAUACCAUUGAGGGUGCUAUUGGAAGAAGUGGAUAGAUAGAUUUUGUUUCAAUAAAUAAAAAUAUAUAUUUGAA